ACCGUGAGGCUUGCGAUCAGUUUGUAUGUUUUCAUUUCAAGCUUGGCAGUUUCCUGUCGCGCAUGCGCACUGCGUGUCGUCCGCGUAAGCUCAGGCUACUCAUGGCUGAUGACUUCACCGUCUGCGUGAACUUCCCGAUCUUGUUUUUUCGCGUAAUUUAAUUCACUAUCUAUUAUGAGUAGGCAGUUUUGGAAAGAUUUUUUGAUUGCUUAUAUGUCCAUGCCUUGUUUGUGGAAAGUUAGGUCCCCAGACUACAACAACAGAGUCAAGAAAAACCAGUGCUAUGCUAUAUUGGCAAAUAUGUGUCGCGAAUUCGAACCGACAGCAGACAGAGCUUUCGUACAAAGAAAGAUAAAUUCGUUUCGUACAACAUUUCGUAAGGAACACAGGAAAGUAACUGAAAGCAAAAUGUGUGCUACCGGAACAGCUGACGUACACAAGCCAACUUUGUGGUACUAUGACAUAUUGUUACCGACGGUUCUGCAAGGGUCCCCACGGUCCAUCCAGUCAACACUGGAAGAAGUCGAGUUGGCACAAGAUGACAUUAGUAAUUUCGAAGAUAGUGAAGCAGAUGCAGAGGCAUCCUCACUUCUUGAGGGAGAGGGGGGGCAUUAUCAAGAGUUUAAGCAGUUCAAAGAUGCCGCAAAUGAGUCGGAGGCCACUGCUUCUAUGCGUGGAAUUACAGAUAAUGGGGUGGUAUCUUCAGUGUCUGCUCCACCUGCCCUUUCUUUGCGCACUGUGCUACCUACGGUAUGCAGUAAGAGAAUGUGGCGAGAAUCAAAAAAUGAUGAGCUACAGCAGGUAGCAUGCGAACAGCAGUCAUCACCCUUAAUGGAAAACGAUGAAUUUUACCACUUUGGAAUGAGCAUUGCUCUUAAAAUGCGUAAAAUGUCCAAUAUGAAUAAUAUGCAAUGUAUUAUUGCAGAAAAACUUAUCUCAGAGGUAAUAUUUCAUGGACAUAUGCAGGAUCUCACGUAUGACACAGUUAUUAAAAUUCCUGGGAAACAUGUAAAUUGACAUGGGUAUGCAACAAUAUGAUGACUGAAUUUGCAGUCGUGUACAGCAUGUUGUGAGCACUUUGAAGAAACCUUUACACAUGGAAUUAUAUUUUAAAUAAAUAUUUUAUAACAAUGUA